GGGCCGCAGAAAGCAGGCCACACGAUCCGAUGCGGCUCGAUGCGCCAGCCCUCACAAAACCUGGGGCAGGCCGGGUCUCAUGAGGCGCUCGACCAUCCAAUAUCACACUUCCCCGGACUUGAAUGGAUUGCGAUAGGCUCGACUUUUCAGACCUCAACUACCGAGCAUGUACAUUUAUAUUGUUCGGUUCUGUUUCGUUCACCUCGCUCUCUGCGAAAGUCCCGCAAGGAAUCCUUCCCCGACGCAUCACCCUCUCAUCAGACCAUCUCAAAAAAAGACGACGGGGCUCUUGCUGGUUUUUGUGCUUGUCAUCAAAGCAGCCAGGCUCCCCUGCGCCGCUCAGGCAUUGGCCUGUUUCAUCUGGGCCGACCUCCGACAGGAACCGUCGGGGGUCAGUCUCACGCUCCCUCACGGCGUGGGGACCGCCAGGGGGUCAGCCUUGAGCCGCAAGGUUCCGCAACUGCGGGAGCGACAGGGGGGUCAGGUCCAGAACACGUCUGCCGAUGACCACCUUUUGGGUCCCUUUUGGCGACCACAGUCCGUGAUCUACGUGAUGAUGCUGCCGGGGCGUUUAAGCAUGUUUUCUUGGUAUUUCCCCCCUCGGCCUUCUCCUUCCUGGGCUUGUAUUCUCCUUUUUUGUAAGCAAAUACUACGCAAACAAGACACAGGAGUCAGCAGGGGAAAAAAAGGUACAGUCUUGGCUUGGCUCUCCAAUGGCGCGCGCCCCUUGUCCAAAGUCGAAACAGUUUCGAUGCCACCUUGUUGAAUUCCUCUCUCACUCCUGAAAGCUUCUUUUCCCUCUCCCUCUCUCUUGUUUUGCUCAGCAGCAAAAUGGUCCCGUCCCGUCAGUUUUGAUCUUUCGUUUCUCUUUUUCUCUCUUCUUCCCUCUUGCUGCUGGUCUGGACCUUUCAACCCACGUUCCUUAACCCACACCACCCUUUCCCUUCUUUUUCUUGACAUUUGAUUCUUUAUUACUUGGCGGCGGUGCCCCUGUUUUUUGUUGAUACGCAACCCCCCACAAGUCCUUUACACGUUCACGGUUCAUCCGGUUCGUCUUGUGUUUGUUGCUCGGUAAUCGAUCGGAGGAGAGCAGUUGCGGAUUUGUUGUGUGGCGACCUCGAGACUUUGUCGUCCUCAACCUUGUCAUCAUCAUCAUCAUCAUCGAGGAGGAGCGCCAACCGAAUUCACCAACCUUUUUUUAUUUUAUUCCGCCACUGGGUUGAUCCCAUUCUAUUCUUUAUCGACGGCUGGCCUGUUGUGUCCGCUCCCUCGUCCUUUUGUUGUUGUUGGAUUUGCGAGAUAUCGACAUUUGCCUAGUGCCGUUGUUGCGUGUGUUGUUGGACAGCCCGAGUGAUUAAUAUCUGUACAUGUUACAAUGAGGCCUCAUGUGUCUUCGUUAGCACUUUUCCUGGGCACCCUCUCGCUCGCCCAGGCAGCUGUUUAUGAGCGAGAUGGGGCAAGACUGGCGCGUCGUCAGAAUGCCCCUUCGUCAGCACCAAACUUGGCGGAUGGAUUCAUGAGCAUCUACGACCGCAUCGUUGCGAGGCAGGAGCAGGUGACGGUGACCGAGACGGAACGGCAGACUAUUACUGUUGGGGGUGACGGCGCGGCGGGUGCGGUUGGGAACGCGACUGAGACGGUGACCAUCACAGAGACUGUUGGAGCGGAUGGUGCUGCGGCUGUUACCGUCACGGCGCCGCCGGUAACGGUUACGGUCUGUAAUGGGCAGGUUCAGGAAGGGGGAGAAGCUGCUCAACCGAGCGAGGGAGAUGUUCCGCCUCCCGCUGAGGGCGUCGAGGCCACGGCUACUGCUCCGGAUGGAGCCGUUGGAGCUAUCGAAACCGGAGCCGACCCGGUUGCUACGCCUACGCCCGCCACCGAUGGUCUUGCCUCGGGUGGUGUUGGUGUCGUUGUUGUGCAGGUUCCUACCGAAGCCAUUGUCACCAGCGCGGUUGAAACCGCCCCUCCUGCGGUUCCAACCGAGGAGGCACCACCCGCUGCUGACCCAGCCGUGACCGACCCUGCCGCUGCCGAUCCCGCCGUCACCGAAGCCCCCGCCGCCGGUAGUGACGCACCCGACACCCUUCUCCCUCUCCCGACCGAAGACGCCAACCCCCCAGCCGAAGGCAACCCCGAGCUCCUCCCUCCUCCUGGCCUCUCCACCGAAGAACCCGCCGCCGCCGAGCCCACCGUCGACCCCGUGCCCGGCGUUGUCCUUUCAGAGAGCACCACCACUACUGCCGCCGAAGCAGGCGCUGAACCCACCCUCGCCCCUCUCCCCGGCCUAGACCCCAACGCAGGCGACGCCGCCUCCUCUCUUGCGCCCCUCCCGGGUUUGGAAUCCUCUACCGCUGAGGCCCUCCCAGUCGAAACCCCCACUUCCACCGAGGGCGCCGCUCCAGCAGAGACUACACCUGCUGAGGAGUCCGCCCCAGCAGAGGAAACCGCUAGUAGCAACAACCCCACCCCGCCAGCAGCCGCCUCAUCCCUGGACUCGACCCUCAGCCUCGCAAACCCCACCCCCACCGUCCCCUUGAUUCCAGAAGGGGCCUUUGGCGGUGUCGUAAGCCUCAUCCCAAUCGCCUCGGCCGAGGCCCCGCCCCCACCGGCAGCCACCACACCAGCCGUUGCGAACGGUGCGGCAGAGGGCGUGAAUAAUGGUGGUGCUGCUGUGCCGGUGGUGAAUAUCGACCUGGAGGGUGUGAAGCUGGAGAGCCAGUUGAACUUGGGGGGAUUGGUGCAGGCUACUGCUGCUGCUGCUGCUGUUGCCAUUUAA